AGCCCCCAAGGAGGAGGGGAGAACAGCAGCGAGGAGGGGGGUCGGGAGGCCCAGGCUUAUAAAGACUGCAGGACCCGCGCUGCCCGCCAGACCCCGCCGGCCCGGAUCCCUUGCUUUGUCUGCCGUCCGGUGUGACCGCGCCGUCCCCCAGUUCCAACACUAAGCCUGGUCGCCAUGGCCCUGCUUCCGGCCCUCUUCUUAGCGCUCCUGGCAGGUGCUCAUGCCGAGCUCCCGGGAUGCAAGAUCCGAGUCACCUCCGCGGCGCUGGAGCUGGUGAAGCAGGAGGGACUGCGCUUUUUGGAGCAAGAGCUGGAGACCAUCACCAUCCCGGACCUGUACGGCAGUAAGGGCCACUUCUACUACAACAUCUCCGAGGGAAUAUAUAACUUCUUCUCCACAUUCAUCACUUCCGGGAUGCGGUUCCUCCUCAACCAGCAGAUCUGCCCUGUGCUCCACCACGCUGGGACAGUGCUGCUCAACUCUCUCCUGGACACGGUGCCCGUGCGUAGUCCUGUGGAUGAUCUUGUUGGCAUCGACUAUUCCCUCCUGAAGGAUCCUGUGGUCUCCAAUGGCAAUAUGGACUUGGAAUUCCGGGGAACAUUCUUCCCCUUGACUGAUGGGAACUGGAGCUUCUUCAACAGGGCGGUGGAGCCACAGUUGGAGGAGGAAGAGAGGAUGGUGUAUGUGGCCUUCUCUGAGUCCUUCUUUGACUCCGCCAUGGAGAGCUACUUCCAGGCUGGAGCCCUGCAGCUGACGCUUGUGGGGGACAAGGUGCCAAGUGACCUGGACAUGCUUCUGAGGGCCACCUACUUUGGGAGCAUCGUUCUCCUAAGCCCUACAGUGAUUAACUCCCCACUGAAGCUGAAGCUGCAGGCUGUGAGCCCUCCGCGUUGCACCAUUAAGCCCUCGGGCACCACCAUCUCUGUCACUGCCAGCCUCACCAUCACCUUGGCCCCGCCCAUGCUGGCUGAAGUCGAGCUGUCUAAGAUGAUCAUGGAAGGGCGUCUCAGUGCUAAGAUGACACUCCGGGGCAAGGCACUGCGAACCAAGCUGGACCUUCGCAGGUUUCAGAUCUACUCAAAUCAGUCUGCGCUGGAGUCUCUGGCACUGAUCCCACUGCAGGCCCCGCUGAAGACACUGCUGCAAAUUGGAGUGAUGCCCAUGCUCAAUGAGCGGACCUGGCGUGGGGUGCAGAUCCCCCUCCCCGAGGGCAUCAACUUUGUGCGGGAGGUGGUGACCAACCACGCGGGCUUCCUCACCAUUGGGGCUGACCUCCACUUUGCCAAAGGGCUUCGAGAAGUGAUUGACAAGAACCGUCCUGCCACCGUUGUGGACUCCAGUGUCGCCCCACCCUCUGCAGUGGCUGCCUGAGUUCUUCAUCCCACCCAGGCAGCUGGCAUUCAGGAAUUGGGUCUUCUCGGCAUCAGCCCUGGCCCCCCCCCCCACCGCCUGUAGUGUGUCACCAGUGCCACAGAGAAGCAUUCGGUUUGAAGCUAUACCCGAUUUAAUUUCAUAACCAGUCAGCCAUCAAUUACAAUCCAUCCACCCCUCUU